UAUCUCACCGGAAGUGCAUCGCACAUGUUGCGUCUGUUUUCCAGCGCUGACUGAAGGAGUUUGUGAACGCAUGUCUGUCAUGAUGGAUUCGCCAGCGCCUGUCGUUAGUGAGCCGAGGACGCGCGGGAAGAAGACGCGGGGGAAGAGGCCGCUGAGCGAUGCCAGCGCGUCGGAGGAGCGCGGUAAACAGCAGAGGCACGCGGAGCUGUGCGCAACGCUCGGCGGGGAGGACGCGUCCGUCAGGCACCUGGAGGAGCUCGUGUUUGGUGCGGAGGAGCGGCUCGCGGACACACUCGCGCAGGACAGCAGGGCUCCACUGGAGGAUGACGAGGUCUGUAGUGUUUCCUCCGAGGACAGCGAGGUGCGUCAGCACCACAGAAGAAGAGCAGUGUGGGAGGAUGAGGAGGAUGAGCUGGAGGAAGAGAUUGACAUGACGCAUCGGUUCCGCAGAGACUUGAAGAAGAGCGAAGCCGAGACAAAGAUGACGAAGCAGAAGCUGCAGCAGAGACUGAAGGAUCAGUUCCAGAAGGCGAUGGGUGGUGCCCCAGGCUGGGCGGAACAGGAACGCCCCCGCCGGACAAGAGGAGCUGAGCGUGAGGAGGAGGAGGCAGAGGAUCUGCUGCGGCGCACUGGGAACUUCAUCGGCUCCUCCGACACGCUUCCUAAAGGAACCAUUAAGAUAAAGAAGUGUUUGGAUGCGAACAGUGAGAGUCCGGCCGAGUCGAAGCUGACCUCAGUCCAGUUCCACCCGUCAGCUCAGAUCCUGAUGACCAGCUCUCUGGACCACUCCAUAUCUCUGUUCCAGGUGGAUGGCAAGACCAACGCCAAGAUCCAGACGAUCCACCUGGAGAAGUUCCCGGUGAACAAGGCGGCGUUCAGCGCUGACGGCGAGCAGAUCGUGGCGACCGGCUGGAGGAACAAGCUCUUCUACAUCUACGACAUGAUGGAGGGCAGAGUCAUCCCCGUCUCCAACGUACGAGGUCUGAAUGAGCAGAAGGUGUCAGACUUCCAGGUUUCUCCCGAUGGGAAGUUUCUUCUUCUGUUCGGAUCCUCUGGGUUUCUGCAUCUCAUGAGCUCAAAGACCAGGGAAGUGGUGCGCAGCAUGAAGCUGAACGGGACGGUGUGUGCCACCGCCUUCACUGCAGACGGCAGCCAGAUCUUCGCCAACUCCGAGGAAGGCGAGGUGUUCAUCUGGGACGUCCAGAGCAGUAAGUGUGUGAAGAGGUUUGAAGACGACGGUUGUGUGAGAGGAACAUCACUAGCACUCUCUCGAGACGGCUCGUAUCUGGCCUGUGGCUCUCAGGCCGGCGUGGUGAACAUCUACUCUCAGCGGGACUGUCUGCUGGAGCACGAGCCGAAGCCGCUGAAGGCCGUCCUAAACCUGCUGACGCCGGCGACGUCUCUGAGAUUCAACAGCAGCGCCGAGAUCCUGGCCAUCGGCUCGCGGCACGCGGAUGAGGCCAACCGACUGGUGCACCUCCCCAGUUUCACGGUGUUCUCCAACUUCCCAAAAUUCCAGAAGAAGAUGAUCUUUCAGACCCAGAGUGUGGACUUCUCCCCGAGGAGUGGCUUCUACUCCGUGGCCAACAAUAAAGGCCACGCGCUGCUCUUCAGGCUUCUACAUUAUCAUGACUUCUGAAGACGGACUCGUUCCCAGCGGACACGCACAUGAUGUCAGUUUUUACCGUUCCAGUUCAAUAAACAUUUACUUGUGAAUAUGAGACCCAUUA